AUGGCUUCGGUUGUCGCUGCUGCUCGCCUGGCGCUGGUCUUGGCAGUAAUGCCUCUGGCCGCCAUGGCGUCCCCCCCGUCGAUCAUGUCCACCGUCAUCUCCUUCUGCCCCGACGAGCACUUUUCGUGUGCCUCCCCGUCCAUUGUUCGCGCACCGUCUUCGCCUGCCGACUGCGUGCCCUUCUUUCCCGAUCACGCUGACGUGGCAGCCAGCUACGUCAUCGUAUGGGAUGCUCAACGUGGCAUCAGCACACCGCAUUCCGUUUGUCGCGCGCUCACCUUUUGGGACUCGCCCGACUGCGCGCGCUCCUCCGCGUCCUUUUCCGUGAACAUGCCCGGAGAGCUCCUCUCCCCGCCAGGAACUACCCCUCCCGACACUAUAGCGGCCGCGCGUCGGGCGGAGGCUCACUCGCACAGUGCAACGAGCGGCUACUUCGGUCCCACUCCUACGUACGCCUCGAUUGGCUCCGUGAGUUGCGCUCAAGUGGACGAGAUUGAGCCGCUCAUCCACGGAGAGUCCGCGCAACAGCCGCUGCCCGUCACCACUGUCUACGAGCCGGCUGCUGACGGUGGCGCUUGUCCCUGCAGCGCUAUGCCCACCGUCUCCAUUGUUGCUCUGUCCGUCGCCGCGUUCUGCGUAAUCGUCGCCGUCGCCGCCAUCGUGUUCGCACUCACUGUCCUGGAGCUGUAUGAAGAAGCGAAGCUUUUUGUGUCUCCUUACGAAGCGCUGCUUUUGAGCGUGUGUGUGCGACUGUGCUGGCUUGAUGGGGCCUCAUGGAACGCGCCCGAGUCGCGAGCUUUUCCUUCCGCCCGUCAGCGCGCCCGAGUCACGAGCUUUUCCGUCCGUCCGUCGCUCGCCAAUCCGCACGUAGCGCUCCCCUCCGCCCAUCGCUCUCCCUUCCGUCUUUCGCUGUACCUUCCGCCCGUCGCCCUCCCUUCCGCCCGUCGUUCUCCCUUCCACCGUCGCCCUUCUUUCCCGUCGUCGUCCACCCUUCCGCCCGUAACCCUCCCUUCUUCCCAUCGCCAUCCCUUCUUCCCAUCGCCAUCCCUUCUUCCCAUCGCCAUCCCUUCUUCCCAUCGCCAUCCCUUCUUCCCAUCGCCAUCCCUUCUUCCCAUCGCCAUCCUUCCUUCCCAUCGCCAUCCCUUCUUCUCAUCGCCCUCCCUGCCGCUCGUUGCAAUCCCUGCCGCUUGUCCCCUCGCUUUCCCCGUCAACCUGUCUCCUUGUCCGCCGUCGCAAAGGCGAGGGUUCCCUCUCUCCCUGUCUCCUUGCUUUCCCCGUCUCCUCGCUUUCCUCGUCUCCUCGCUUUCCCCGUCUCCUCGCUUUCCCCGUUCCAUCAAAUGCUCGUCGCCCUCGCCUUCCUUCCCGUCUCCCUUCCCAUCUCGCACAUUUGUCACCCUCCCAUCUCUCCCCCCACUCACUCCCUUCCUUCCACCCAACAAUCCCCAUCAAUCCCCCACUUAUACCCCCCCCCUGCCCUGCUUACCUCUCUCCCUAUUCCCACCAUUCUCUGCCCUGCUCCCCACCAUCCUCUGCCCUGCUCUCUCCCCGGCAUCUGCCCCCGUACCCCCCAUCCCAUUCCCUACGCGAUCUCCUCAUACCCCCUCCGCUUCUCCUCCGUCCCCCCUCCGCUUCUCCUCCUUCCCCCCUCCGCUUCUCCUCCUUCCUCCCUCCACUUCUCCUCCGUCCCCCCUCCGCUUCUCCUCAUUCCCCCCUCCUCCUUCCCCCCUUUGCUUCUCCUCCUUCCCCCCUCCACUUCUCCUCAUUCCCUCCUUGUUUUCCCCUCUGCUUCCCCCUGUGGUGGACGAAGCAGGCCGCUUGCUGCCUGUGGUGGUGGAGGCGGACCGGCUGCUGCGCCAGUUCUACCACGACUGGCUGCAUGCUGACGUGGCAGUGAGCGUGCCAGUUCUGUGCGGCGUCAUGCAUGCACAUGGCGGUGGCAGCGUGAGUGGUGUUCUCCCCACUCCAUUCAUCCACGGCCUGCAAUCUCUCCACUUGACUGACGCUGCUAUGAGCCAUUGCCUUGCGCUCGUGUCACCUCACCGUGCUUUCACCGUGUUUGUGUCGUUGCUGCAUGCGGCGCACAGCCUCUUCCUGCUGCUCUCCGCCUUUCCCCCCGCCUCGCUGCCCUUCGCCUCUGCUGAGUUCUCCUCCCACCAGCCGCAGCUCUAG